AUGAGGACUACAAUCAUCUCCCUGGCUGCCCUCUGCAGCGCAGCUCUCGCCGCCCCGGUUACAACUCCAGCCCCUGUCGAUAGCGAACUCUUCACUAAACGCGACGUCUGCCUCGCCGACGCCUCUAUCCUCUACAACUGGUGGGAAUCCGGAUGGCAGCGCUACCGAAUCGCCUUCAGCACCGACCAGCUGGGCGGCGACAACAACAAGAUCCUCGCCGCGGCCCACGAUGUCUGGGGCGGCAUUGACAACGAUAGCUGCGGUCAGGCCUACGACGACGUCCAGAACGUGCAGAUCUACUACAAUGAUACCGAAAAGAAGACGGUGGUCGAUGUCAGUCAGGCGAUUGGGCCUGUUGGACAGGAUGUCAUCAACUGCUUGGCCCAUAAUUUUCAGCAGGCUUGGUCGAACAAAGUCUGCCCCAACGGACGCACCGGUUAG